AUGGCAGACAUACAUGAGCUCGACAAGUUGCGGCCACUAGGCAAACUCGAGCAAGUGUCGGCAUCUUGUCACCAUCUUGGGUUUUUCAACAAUGUCGGCCUCUCAGCCCACUACAGACUGUCCAGGUCCUCGUCUCCCGCUGUAUCUGACCUGCGUGGUCUCAUCCACGCUGCGGCAGGAGAUUUGGUCCGUCAGCAUCCCAUCCUAUUCGCCAUUCCCGUCAAUGAAGGGACUCCUAACCCUCACUUCGCCUCUCUUCCUUCGAUCGAUCUCAAUCGAAGCAUUACCUUUCUGGAACGACGUCAACCUUUAGCUGGUGCUGCUGAGGGAGAAGACAAAGAACUUGAUGCAAUUCUCGAGGACCAGCACAACACCGACUUCAAAUCUGAAUACGGCACUUUGCCGUUCUGGCGCCUGAUCAUUCUACAAAGCCCUGGACUGGGGAAUGAGUUCACAGCCUCCUUCAUCUACCACCAUGCCAUUGGUGAUGGAGUCUCUGGUCUAGCUUUACACAAUGCGUUCCGUAACGCGCUGGAUGCUGCUUCCUCCUCUUGUUUGCCUGACGGCAAGACUGAGAACAUCAUUGUGUCGGACGCAAAUGCCCCAGUUCUCCCACCUCUUGAAGAGUUGCAUCUCCUGCCACUCAACCCGACUCCGCCUCCCCCGGCUACAACCAACCUCAAAGAAUGGACCGGUAACUCCAUCCACGGCCCUUGCAAGUCCCACUGGGCGUCUUUCUACCUCUCCCCGAGCGCCUCCAAAGCCUUCGUUCAAGAAUGCAAAGAGAGGAAUUUAUCAGUCACCUCCACUCUGUCGUCCGUUGUCGCCACGGUCUUGUUCGGGAACCUUCCAUCAACGGUGGAGGCACUCACCUGCAUUAUCCCGGUCAACUUACGGCCAUGGCUCAAGCUACCUCACGAAGUCGCUAAUGUUGCGAUUGGAUCUUAUUUUGAUGCCACCAGAGCGCGGCUCACAUGCCCCGAUCAGAUCUCACGGGAUCUGAGCCUGGCAGACGUGUGGUCCGGAGCUCAACAAGUUUCGAAAUCGAUAAAUGACUACCUCAGCAACGUCUCGCCCUCUGGAGAGCCUUACACGUCGGUUGCCAUCUUCAAGACCAUUCCAGACGUCUCCCUCAUCUUAAAUUCCAUGCUUGGAAAGCCUCGCGAUGCAGCUUUCGAGGUAACGAAUGUUGGAGUCUUCUCGCCCGCCGUUGCUGCCAAGACCGAGGAGAAUGCUUCUCUCUGGCAAGUAGGGAAAGUGCUGCUCAGUCGAAGUUCUGCAGUCACUGGCGCUGCAGUCACUGUCACCGUUGCCACUGGUGGGGACGGAAUUAUGGCGCUUGGUUUCAGCUGGCAGGAGGGUGUCCUGGAGGACGGCUUUGUCGACAUUGUCAAACAAGGGGUCAGGAAAUACUUUGAGAAGUAUCAAUGA